GUCUGAAAUUUCCAUCCUGUUCCAUUUAUCAAAACUGAACGGACGGUGUUUGUUUACGACCGGCGUUUGGCAGCGAAAUGGAAGACUACGAGUCGGAAGAGGUUGACGCCGUCGGCCUCGGCUGCUCCCUCGACAGGUUCAUCGAAUGGAAAGAAAUCCUCGACAUGGUCUCCGUACUCAAACGGGUCAAGGAGGUCGAUAUCCGUGAGGCCGAGCGCACCUACGAGCGGUUCAGGUUCGUCAUCAACCAGUACAAAGAGCAGCCUCAUCUUCUGGAUUCGCACAUAGCUGAAAUCCUGGACGAGAUCGUAUCCGUGGCCAUGGACGAGGCCGUCUCGCUCGACUCGAAGCACAGGGCUUUCAAAUACAUGCACCUCGUCGUCAACGUGAGGGGGUUCAAGGCGGUUUUGCAACACCUUCCACAUGCGGUCACAGAUUUAGAACCAGUAUUGUUGAUGUUGGAAGCGCAAGACGAAAAAGAUAUAGACACGUGGCAGACGAGAUAUUGCCUUCUUUUAUGGCUGUCAAUUAUAAUCAAAAUUCCAUUCCACAUGUCACGUCUAGACCCACCUGACACCGAGGAAAGUUUCACUGUCAUGAGCAGGCUUGUGAAGAUCUGCAAGAAAUACAUAUUAGUUCCUGAUUCAUCGAAGGACGCAUGUGCGUAUCUGACAGCACAGUAUUUAACAAGGUUGGACACUAAAGACAAAUACUUACCUGAGUAUUUGGAAUGGGCUUAUGAAUGGAUUACACAGAAGGAAAUGAGCUGGAAUCGGCUAGGACCAUUAGCAGCGAUAGCUGCCAUCCUUAAAUAUGGGAAACGCCAGGAUCUUCUACCUCAUGUUGGACCUCUUUUAAAAACCAUUGCAGCUAUGGAAUGGAGAAAUGAAAAGUACAGGCUCUGCAGAAAAUAUGCAAUAAAAAUAAUUCAAAGGAUAGGUCUGACAUACUUGAAGGCUCGUGCGGUAUCUUGGAGAUAUCAAAGAGGAUCAAGGAUUCUUCCUGACUUGAGGAGCAUGAUAAGCAGAAUGGGAGAUGGCACGAAAGAAAAGCCCAAAGAGAAGAAGGUGGAGAGUGAAGAGGGUGGACUCAUUGGAAAAGAAGGUGAUGAUGAGGAUGAUCAAGAGGUGCCUCAGGAAAUUGAUGAAGUGAUAGAUGAACUGAUGCAAGGGCUUAGAGAUGAAGACAUAACUGUAAGAUGGUCUGCAGCUAAAGGAAUCGGACGAGUAAUGGGAAGAAUGAACAAACAGUUUGGUGAUGAAGUUAUAGGAUGUGUUCUUGAAUUGCUAAGUCCUAGAGAGAAUGAUAGUGCUUGGCACGGAGGAUGCUUAGCAUUGGCAGAAUUCAGUAAACGGGGAUUAUUGUUGCCUUCUAGACUCCCAGAAGUUAUACCGUUGGUUCAAAAAGCACUAGUUUAUGAUGAGCCGCUUGGACACUGCUCAGUCGGAACACACAUAAGGGAUGCUGCGUGCUAUGUAGCUUGGACUUUCGCAAGAGCAUACGAAGCGUCUGUUUUCAAGAUGUAUGUAUCAGAUAUCGCCACUUCUUUGGUGGUCGCAUUCUGCUUAGAUAGGGAAGUGAAUAUAAGGAGGGCAGCAUCAGCUGCAUUUCAGGAGCAUAUCGGCAGGCAAGGCCAGUUCCCUCAUGGUAUCGACAUACUAACAGCCGCUGACUAUUAUGCUGUUGGCGUAAGGACCAAUUCUUAUCUGAACAUAAGUGUGUAUAUCGCACAAUUUGAAGAGUACACAACAUCUAUUAUUGACCACCUGGUAGAAAGAAAACUGGAGCAUUGGGACAUCGCAAUACGAGAUCUUUCAGCCAAAGCUUUGCAUAAUUUGACAAAAUAUGCAUCUGAUUACAUGUUGGAAAUAGUUUUACCCACUUUGGUGCUCAAGACUAGAUCUUUAGAUUCUAACAUUCGCCACGGUGCUAUCAUUGCGAUAGGAGAAGUAGUUCAUGCCUUGUCUCUUCUAGACAAUUUAGCUCCAAAUGAGGACAUCACAAAAGCAAUAGGGGAUUUGGUCAGAGAUUUAAGGGAGAAGCACAUGUUCAAAGGCAUCAGUGGUGAACUGAUGAAGAUCGCAUGCUGCCAGUUUAUAAACAAGUGUUCACUGGCUAAAAUGCCAUUUAAAAACACCAAAACCAUAGAUGACUGGCAAGAGGUGGUGAACGAAUGCCUCUGUCAUGAAGUUGGCAACAUCAGAGCCUAUGCGGCUUCUGCCUUGCCAUCUCUAUGCCUGGAGUAUUACAGCUGCAACGGAGAGGGCGACGUCGGCAAGUGUGCAGAGAUUGUCAGGUCCUACACGGAAAAGUUAGAGGCCAACGAUGAAAUUCUGAGAGUCGGCCACGCCCUGGCUCUAGGUUCACUUCCGAAGUUCAUGCUGCAUGGACUUGUUGACUAUGUCGUCAACAAACUUAUGAAAUGUUCGCUGAUCACUCCCAAUACUGAAAAGUGGGUCGAAAGCAGGAAGUUUGCAAUAAAAGCUAUGACUUCAGUUUGUUCGACUGUCGGGAUUGAAGACCCAGAUCCCAAAAGGUCUUGCCGUGCCCAUGUUCUUGAUCUUUUAGAGUGUAUGACAGAAGGAAUGACUGAUUAUACUAAAGAUGAUAGAGGUGAUACUGGUGCUUGGGUCAGAGAAUCUUCAAUGUCUGGAAUACAAUCUAUAUUACAACUAGUCUCCAAAUGCGCACCAGAUUUGUUGACACCAGCAAUUAUCACAAAAUGCAUGCAAAGGAUAGGACAGCAAGCAGUAGAGAGGAUCGACAGGACAAGGGCGCUGGCUGGGACGGUUUUCUCUGCACUACUUCAUAAUUCAAACCAAGUGCCUCAUAUACCCGAAAGAGAAAGAUUGAAAGAGAUUUUCCCAGAGGUGGCCUGUAAAGAAGAGAUCAACUGGCUGAGCCAUAGUGACACAUUUCCCAGGUUCAUACGUAUGCUGCGAUUGCAGACGUACUCUUAUCACAUUCUUUUAGGUCUUGUCGCGUCAGUAGGUGGAAUCGCUGAAAGUCUAGUAAAAAUUUCAAGCGGUUGCCUUUUCGAAUAUUUGAAAGAUGAAGAUAGAAAGGAAAUCGAUAGAAUUUGUGACUUAGUGUUGCAAAUAUUCGAAGAACAUUUAAAAGUUGAUAGAGUCGUACUUUCGAUGUUGAAUUUCCUUGAAAAGCUAUUGUCAUCUGCAUUUAUGAGGCAGGUGCUCGAAGACUCAAAUUCCAAAUUUCCCCUUGGCGUAUUUAAUCUGACAAAGAACGCUGUCGCUGGCAGCACCGACAAGUAUAAACUUCUCGGCUCUAUCGAUAUUUACUGUUUAUUAAUACAGGUUAAAGGAGAAGUUGGACGGAAAGCAAUGGGAAGACUCUUAAUUCUUCUAUGCCACAGGUUCGGCUGGUUGAGAAAAGCGGCUGCGACCAAAUUAUAUGAAUGUCUUGUUGUCUACGGCGAUGAGGUUUUUAAUAAUUCCGAAAGACUGGAUUCCGCACUGGCAUUGCUUUCGGACACGGAAUGGGCAAUACAAUGUGUUGAAGAGGUUCGGGAAGCGAGAAACUCCCUUGCGGUUGUUCUCGGUUUGCCAAAACCACAGCUGGUCAAACCUAAUUUAAGUUAAACUUCUCUUCUUAAUCAAUUAUAAUCUUACCGCACAA